AUGGGAAUUGACGCAGAUGAGAUUGAGGGCCAAUCUCAAGAUGGGGAGGAAGCCGAGGUGCAAGUAAAGUUGGUGGUGAAGAUGAUUGACCAUAUAAUGAUGCAUGUGACGUCCAUAUUUGAAAGAGAAGAAGCUGUGAAUUUGAGGUCAAAUUCCUCUCAAGAUGGAGAGGAUGAUAUGGGCACGAUCAUUAAGAUGGAUGCACAAAAUUUGCUUUCAAGUUCUAGAAUUGGUGUUGAAUUUGGUACAAGAACUAUUCAUGUUGACAAAAUUGUCAAAGUUCGAAUUUGGGACACUGCUGGUCAAGAAAGGUAUCGAGCCAUCACUAGUGCACAUUAUCGCGGAACAGUGGGUGCCUUACUGGUUUACGACUUAACACGCCAUGUAACAUUUGAGAAUGUAGCAAGAUGGCUCAAAGAAUUGAGAGACCACAUAGACCAAAACAUCGUUUUAAUGCUCGUGGGGAAUAAGGUGGAUCUUCGCCACCUCAGAGCUGUCCCCACGGGCGAAUCAAGUGGUUUUGCAGAAAGAGAGAACACUUUCUUCAUGGAAACAUCUGCACUUGAGGCACUCAAUGUAGAAAACUCCUUCACAGGAGUACUCACUCAGAUUUAUCGAGUGGUUAGUUGUAAAGCUCUUGAUAUAGGAGAUGAUCCUGCAUCUGUACCAAAAGGACAGACAAUUAUCAUUGGGAAAGAUGAUGUAUCUGCUGUUAAGAAAGGUGGAUGUUGUCCCGGUUAAGCCAAAGGAUCGAUCCAGAGGUGAAUCCAGAAUCUAGCGUCAACAUGUUCAGAAUGAGUACGAUCCUUUUUUCCGUAUACACAAAGUUGAACUCGCCCUAGAUCCGCCUCUGGAUGAAAGUAUAUAUAUACACACAACAAAUCCUAUUUUCAA